AUGGACAAAAAUUUUAUAAAUAAAAAUUAUCAUAAUACUGAUUGGCCAUUACUUUUAAAGUCUAUUAAAAAAGGAAAAAAUGGAGAUAAAGAAACUCACUUUGGGACAGGAUUUAUUGUAGAAGCAGCGUAUACAGAAAUAAAAACAAAUCUCACACCUAUAAAAAUAGAAAAACCAUCUGCAGAAGAAAUAAGUAAUAGAAUGGAUCAAAUGAAAAAAGAAAGAGAAUAUCAAGAUUAUUGUUUAGGGAAAAAUAUACCAUAUAAACCAUUAUUUGAUAGAAAUAAACAACCAAAUAAUGAUAUGGAAAAAAAUAAUUUAUAUUUGAUUUCAAAUGAUCAUGUUAUUGGGAAUACAGAAUCAAUAGAAAUUUAUUUUAGAGAUGAAACCAAAGAAAGAUACGAAGUAUUUUCAAUUCAAUUCGAUGAAAAUAAUUAUAUUAGUUAUGGUAAGUUUGAUAGUGAUGGAACAAAACCAGAUAUUGGGGCAAUGAAAUUAAAUAUUUUAGGUACUGCUAUAGAACAUAAACUAUAUAAAAUUGAUAAUGAAAAGAAAUACAAGAAUGAUUUUGGUUUCCAUCAAGAAAUUCAACCGGUUACAAAACAAGAAACGAUUUGGGUUGCAGGAUUUCCAUUUAUAUCAAAUGAUGAACAUGAUAAAUGGGGUUUUAGAGAACCAGUAUGUAUGAAGGGUGAAGUUAUAGCCUGUUAUGAUCAACAAUUUCGUUUUAAUAUGGGUUUGUUCUGGGGUUCGUCGGGAUCACUUAUUUAUAGAUUAAAUCAAAAAAAAGUAGAACCUUUGGGAAUUUUUAGUCAUAUUGUUUUUGAAAAAAACAAUAAUAAUAUCACAACAAUUAGAAAAGGUUGGUAUUGGGAAUUAAUAAAACAACUAUUACUCAACAAUACAUCAAUUGGUAAUAGAAAUUCAAAUUGCAAGUGUAGAUGUAUUAACCAAUGCCAAGAAGAUUCUUGUAAAUUCCAAAUGAUGAUGAGAUAUAAAAUAAUUUAA